AUGGAGGUGAAUGGUGAUAACGUGCUCCAUAACGAAAACUUUGGAGGAGGUAUGGAGAUGAAUGGUGAUAAUGUGCUCCGUACCGAAAACUUUGGAGGAAGUAUGGAGGUGAAUGGUGAUAACGUGCUCCAUAACGAAAACUUUGGAGGAGGUACAGAGAUGAAUGGUGAAAAUGUGUUCCAUAACGAAGACUUUGGAGGAAGUAUGGAGGUGAAUGGUGAUAAUGUGCUCCAUAUCGAAAACUUUGGAGGAGGUCUGGAGGUGAAUGGUGAUAACUUGCACCACAACAAAAACUUUGGAGGAGGUAUGAAGGUGAAAGCUAAUAACGUGCUCCAUAACGAAAACUUUGGAGGAGGUUUGGAGGUGAAUGGUGACGUGCUCCAUAACGAAAACUUUGAAGGAGGUAUGGAGGUGAAUGGUGACAAAGUACUCCAUAACGAAAACUUUGGAGAAGGUAUGGGGGUGAACGGUGAUAAUGUGCUCCAUAACGAGAACUUUGAAGGAGGUAUGGAGGUGAAUGGUGAUAAUGUGCCCCAUAACGAAAACUUUGGAGGAGGUAUGGAGGUCACUGGUGACAACAUGCACGAUAACAAAAACUUUGGAGGAGGUAUGGAGGUGAAUGGUGAUAAUGUGCUCCAUAACGAACACUUUGGAGGCUGUAUGGAGGUGAAUGGUGAUAAUAUGCUCCAUAACGAAAAUUUCGGAGGAGGUAUGGAGGUGGAUGGUGAUGUAAUCCAUGACGAAAACUUUGGAGGAGGUGUGGAGGUGAAUGCUAAUACUGUGCUCCAUAACGAAAACUUUAGAGGAGGUAUAGUGGUGAAUGGUGAUAAAGUGCUCCAUAACGAAACUUUGGAGGACAUACUGCUUCAAUGGUACUUGCAUGCACAGAGAAUGCACAACCAUCGGUGGUAA